AUGUCCUACAACUACAACCAACCAGGCGGUUAUCAGCAGCCGUAUCCGGGCCAAGCCCCGCCGCCCCAAGGGUACGGUCAGCAUCAACAAUAUCAACAACCUCCACAGCAAGGCUAUCAUCAACCGCCACCAAUGCAAAAUCAACAGUACGGUGGCUACCAGCCACAGCAAGGCUACGGCCAGCAACCACCGCAAGGUCAAUAUGGUGCGCCGCCACCGAACCAGUAUGGCGGCCCGCCUCAAGGACAGUAUGGAGCUCCCCCACCGCAGCAAGGAUACGGCGCUCCUGGACAGUAUCAACAGCCACCGCCAGGCCAGUAUGGUCAACAACCACCCCCGGGACAAUACGGACAACCACCACCUCCAGGACAGUACGGCCAGCAGCCACCUCCAGGACAAUAUCAACCUCCGCCUGGUCCACCACCAGGCCAGUAUGGUGCGCCCCCGCCACAGGGUCACUUUGGAGCUCCACCACCUCAAGGACAGUACGGAGCACCACCUCCUCAAGGACAGUUCGGCGCGCCCGGCGGUUUUGGCGGGCCACCAACGCAGCCUUCUCUCGGCUAUGGUCCCCAGCAGGUAGCCAACAUUGACGUCAGCAGAGACGUCGAAGCCGUUCGUAAAGCGAUGAAGGGAUUUGGAACAGACGAGAAAGCGCUUAUCGCAACACUAGCGAAGAAGGAUCCUAUGCAAAUCAACACUAUCCGGACACAGUACGACCAGCGCCUGAUGCGAAACAUGGUCCAGGAUCUAGAGAAAGAGACCAGUGGUUACUUCGCAAAGGGAUUAGUUGAAAUCGCACGAGGACCUCUAGUAUCUGAUUGCUACAACCUGAUGGAGGCUAUGAAAGGCAUGGGCACGAAAGAAGUCAUCCUAGACGAUAUUCUCAUCGGAAGAAGUAACGCCGACAUAAAUGCCAUCAAGCAGAAGUACCAGGAGUUAUUCAAAAGGCCGCUCCAGAAAGAUCUCCAAGGCGACCUCAGUGCCGGAACUGAGCAAAUGUACGACAUGAUUGUUGCCGCCCGCCGCGCAGAAGAUUCUUACCCUGUCAAUCCGCAAGAAAUCGAGCAAGCCGUCACCGACCUUCAGGCCGGCAUGGGUGGCUUUGCUAGCAAGAACGUUCCUCAAGUUUGCCAGAUCCUUACCAGCAAGAAUGACGCUCAGCUCAAGGCCAUGGCGAACUCCUACCAGCAACGAUUCCACAAGUCGCUCGACAGUGUGCUAAAGUCUGCGUUCUCUGGACACAUGGAAGACGCACUACGUCUGCUUGUGCACCGUGCUACCAACCGACCCGAAGCUGAAGCUGUCCGCCUGGAGGAGUCGAUGGCUGGUUUGGGCACCAAGGACGAGAUACUCGUACAACGUGUCGUUCGCUGCCACUGGGAUCGAAAUUUCAUGAACGCUGUUAGCAACGCGUACAAGCAGGUCUACAAAAAGGACCUGGUCAAGCGGAUAGAAGGGGAGACUCGAGGUGAUUAUGAGAAGCUUAUGGUUGCUUGUGUGAAGCCUUGA